AUGCCAUCUGAGGCCACUUCAUCGACUCAUCCUUUGCCCUCCCCGCACCCUUCAAAUCUCAACUACUACACGACAUUACAAAUUCAAUCUGCUUUGUCUUCAACUAUACAGCACGUCGACGACACCGAAGCUAACAAUGCCGUACCUAGAUGUGAGCUGUGCAAGCAAAGAAAGGUCAAGUGCGAUCGUGGCCAACCAUCGUGUGGGUGGUGCAGCCGCAAUGGCGCUGUAUGUGAAUACAAAGAGCGUAAGAAGCCUGGUCUGAGGGCAGGUUAUGGGCGCGAACUCGAGCAGCGUUUGGAUAAACUGGAGGAGAUCCUACGCUCACAUGCUGAGAUUCUUCACGGGUCUUUGGCAUCUAAUACAAACCCAGGCUUUGCCGCCAGUAUUCGACAAAGCAACCCAAGCAUUCCCAGUGACCAAGGGACACCACGGGAUACUCAUCACAACCUUUUCAGACCAUCUGAGCCAGUUCGCACGCCUCAAACUGAUCCAGCCUCAUUCGGACAGAAAGCGCCUGGUUCAGGCUUUGCACCAAGCGCACCAAGCCUUGAUUUCAGCGUUGCCCAUACACCUAGGAUGAAUGACGGGUACCAUGGUCAGAACAGGACAUCGUUUUCAGGCGUGGCGGCACCGUCUCAGUUGUCUCCGAUACAACACAAUAACGCCACUCAAGAGUAUUAUUCUUCGGUGCAACCAAAUAUCCAUUCGCCCACUGCCCCAUUAUCCACUGCACCAGGAACUUCGACCCCCGAUCGUGAUAUGCCGCCAUACGAUCUUCUCUACGCAUUAGUCGACCUUUACUUCAAGCAUAUCAAUACCUGGUGCCCGAUUCUUCAUCGUAAAACGACUUUAGAUAGUCUUUUCGGACCGUCUGCGCUCGAUGAAACGGAUCGUGUUCUGUUACAUGCAAUUGUGGCAACAACUAUGCGUUUCUCAACAGAUGCAAGACUGACAGAGGAACGGCGAGAGCACUAUCACAGAGUUUCCAAAGAACGAGUCCUGCUCUACGGUAUGGAGAAUUCUUCGGUCAAGGCAUUGCAGGCACUCGUCAUACUUGCGCUCGAUCUUUGUGGAAGCAGUAACGGACCACCGGGCUGGAACAUUAUGGCCCUCAUUACCCGUUCUGUGGUGCAGCUUGGUCUAGCUGUUGAAGUUACCUCAUCAACCGUAUCACCUCACUACCUGUCCAUAUAUACGCUUCGAGCGAUGACUCUCUCGGAACCCAAGGAUUUCAUAGAAGAGGAAGCAAGGCGCCGUUUGUUCUGGAUGAUCUAUCUGUUAGAUAGAUAUGCAACACUUGCAACUGCUUUCGAGUUUGCUCUGGACGACAAAGAAAUCGAUAGAACGUUGCCAUGCCGCGAUGAUCUAUGGAUCAAGAAUCAAAAGGUUGACACUAGGUGGUUCAGCACUGACUUACACUCAGGCUCCCCGGGCCACGAUAUCGAUCAGCCUGAGAAUCUGGGCGCUUUUGCUUACUACAUCGAGAUCCUCGGCAUUCUCUCGAAGAUACACAAGUUCCUCAAGCAGCCCGUCGACAUUAGUGCUCUGAGUGAUGUGGAGCAGUGGCAGAUGCGGUACAAGGAGCUGGACAGUAUGCUCACGUCUUGGAAAUUUAGCCUUCCAGGGGAGUUUGGUAACAUGGCUAAAUUGUUUCACCCGGGGAGCAAGAACAUCAAUUGUGCAUGGGUAAUGCUUCAUGCUACAUAUCACACUGCUGUUAUUCGUCUUCACUCGUCCGCGGCGUAUCCUACAACAAGAUCUCCGAUCUUUACCCCGUCUUAUAGCGCUUCACAACGGUGCCAUGGUGCGGUCGAGAACGUCGCCGCUCUUGGAGAGUUCGUCGUGAACAAUGGGAUGCUAGCAAAGUUGGGGCCGCCCUUUGCUUUUACUCUCUGGGUUUCGGCGCGUCUGCUUCUUGUCCAUGGCUCGACGGUUGAGCAUAAGCUGUCGCCUCAGCUUCCGUUCUUUGUCGAUAGCCUGCGUGAGAUGGGACAUUAUUGGCCAGUUGCAGCUCGAUAUUCCCAGCUGUUACAGCGGGUCUUGGAUGAGCAUCACGACAGUGAACGACAGGGAGACGGUGUCACCCCUAGUUCGGUCAAGAUCCUGUCUGACAUGCGACGUACUGCGUUCGAUCUGGAUUUUCUCAUUUCGCGUCAGCCGAAGCAGCCAGGUGGUUCAGCUCUCAGUAGACUACCGAGCGUAACACCGGCAAGAACACCUGCACCCAAUGAGCUCGAGUAUCUUGAUGUAUUCGACUUUUUCAACGUACCACGUCUUCCUUUGGGUGGUGAAAACAUCGCCGGCGUCAAUGGUACUCCAGCGCCGCCAACUAAUAUGGACGCGUCCAACGAUAAUGGCACGAGUUUGGGAGCGUCAAACGAGUUCAACAUCACCAAUUUCAUGGUCGACGCUAACAGUGACUGGCUUUUCAAACAAGAAGGUGGUCCCAAAUACAUGGCAGCUACGUAA